GGCUCCCCGCCCGCCUUUCCCCUCUCACCAUGGUGACCACGCUCCUCCCCCGCCGGCAGUGGGCACGCGGCCGGAAAGCAGCGCGACGCGCUUUACGGCGACGCGCGGAGGUCGUUGCUGCGGCGAGCGGCCGGCGCGAGGCCCGGUAGCGCCAUGGAGGGCGGCAGCAACUCCAAGGGCACCGGCCUCGGCGGCCUCUUUGGCGCCGGCGGGGUGGGGUACUCGCACGCCGACCUGGCCGGGGUGCCACUAACUGGAAUGAGUCCUUUGUCCCCGUAUUUAAACUUGGACCCCAGGUAUCUAGUACAGGAUACAGAUGAGUUUAUCUUGCCCACAGGAGCCAACAAAACUCGAGGCAGAUUUGAGCUGGCCUUUUUUACCAUUGGAGGAUGUUGUAUGACAGGGGCAGCAUUUGGUGCACUGAAUGGUUUACGACUUGGCUUGAAGGAGACACAGAAUAUGGCAUGGUCAAAACCUAGAAAUGUACAGAUUCUAAAUAUGGUAACAAGACAAGGAGCAUUAUGGGCUAACACUCUGGGAUCUCUGGCUCUACUUUACAGUGCAUUUGGAGUCGUCAUUGAAAAAACAAGAGGGGCAGAAGAUGACCUGAACACCAUAGCUGCUGGAACCUUGACAGGGAUGCUAUACAAAAGCACUGGUGGAGUGCGUGGGAUAGCACGUGGCGGUAUCGCAGGUCUGACACUGACCGGCCUCUACGCUCUCUAUAACAACUGGGAGCACAUGAAGGGCUCCAUAGCCCGGCAGUCCCUGUGAGCAGGGGGCAGCCAGCAGCGGGCAGAGGACACGCUUGCUUAGUCACCAAUCAAAUCAGUUGUGAGACCUGUCUGGUGCCUCUUCCUUUUUUUAUUUGCAAUUAGUGUGAAACUGAAGGAAUCUAUGCUGGGAGGAACCUCUUGACCACAUAGCUGGACUGGCCCUUUCCUUCCUGCCAGCCAGUCGCUGGACAGGCAACAUUUGUUGGACCUGCAAGCAAGCAAAGUGGCCACCGAGAUAGAGUCUCCCUGACAUGCUCACCAGCUAGCCCUGGGCCAGAGCUACAAGGCAUGCUCAAAUCCAAUAGCUGUACUUGGUGUCUGCCAGGUCUGUUUGGCUGUGUGUGCUACAGUAGUAGUGCUGCACAGCAAAGCCCAUGUCUGCGCAGCUAGGCACUGCAGGCUUUCCAUGUGCAUCACCUGGGCAGUGGGAGCCUUAAGUGGCAGCUAGCACAGAGCAGGGCAUGUUGUUCUGUCAGCACAGGGUAAGCUGUAAAAAGGGACAUCAUCAUUAAUAAAAAGGGUGGUACUUGUGCA